AUGGACGUGGACCUGGACGUGGACGUGGACGUGGACGUGGACGUGGACGUGGACGUGGACGUGGACGUGGACGUGGACGUGGACGUGGACGUGGACGUGGACGUGGACGUGGUCGUGGACGUGGACGUGGACGUGGACGUGGACGUGGACGUGGAGGACUUGGACGUGGACAGGGACGUGGACUUGGACGUGGACGUGGACGUGGACUUGGACGUGGACGUGGACGUGGAGGACUUGGACGUGGACGUGGACGUGGAGGACUUGGACGUGGACAUGGACGUGGACGUCUUGGACGUGGACAUGGACAUGGACGUGGACGUGGACGUGGACAUGGUCGUGGACGUGGACGUGGACGUGGACGUGGACAUGGAGGUGGACGUGGACGUGGACGUGGACGUGGUCGUGGAGGUGGACAUGGACGUGGACGUGGACGUGGUCGUGGACGUGGACAUGGUCGUGGACGUGAACGUGGACGUGGACGUGGUCGUGGACGUUGAUGUUGGCGUGGACGUGGACGUGGACGUGGACGUGGUCGUGGACAUGGAGGACUUGGACGUGGACAUGGACGUGGACGUGGACGUGGUCGUGGACGUGGACGUGGACGUGGACUUGGUCCUGGUCGUGGACGUGGUCGUAGACGUGGACGUGGUCGUCCACGACGUGGACUUGGACGUGGACGUGGACGUGGACGUGGUCGUGGACGUGGACGUGGACAUGGACGUGGUCGUGGACGUAGACGUGGUCGUGGACGUGGACGUGGACGUGGAGGACGUGGACGUGGACGUGGAGGACGUGGACGUGGACGUGGAGGACGUGGACGUGGACGUGGACGUGGACGUGGUCAUGGACGUGGACGUUGACGUGGACGUGGACGUGGACGUGGUUGUGGACGUGGAGGGCUUGGACGUGGACAUGGACGUGGACAUGGACGUGGACGUGGACCUGGUCGUGGACAUGGACGUGGACGUGGACGUGGACGUGGACGUGGAUGUGGACAUGGUCGUGGACGUGGACGUGGACGUGGACGUGGACAUGGACGUGGACGUGGACGUGGACGUGGACGUGGAAGUGGACGUGGACAUGGUCGUGGACGUGGACGUGGACGUGGACGUGGACGUGGACGUGGUCGUGGACGUGGACGUGGACGUGGACGUGGACGUGGACAUAAACGUGGAUGUGGACGUGGAGGACUUGGACGUGGACAGGGACGUGGACGUGGACGUGGACGUGGACGUGGACGUGGACAUGGACGUAGACGUGGACGUGGACGUGGACGUGGACGUGGACAUGGUCGUGGACGUGCACGUGGACGUGGACGUGGACAUGGACGUGGACAUGGACGUGGACGUGGACGUGGUCGUGGACGUGGACGUGGACGUGGACGUGGACGUGGUUGUGGACGUGGAGGACUUGGACGUGGACAUGGACGUGGACGUGGACGUGGACCUGGUCGUGGACGUGGACGUGGACGUGGACGUGGACGUGGUCGUGGACGUGGACAUGGACGUGGACGUGGACGUGGACGUGGACGUGGACGUGGACGUGGACGUGGACCUGGACGUGGACGUGGACCUGGACGUGGACGUGGACGUAGACGUGGACGUGGACGUGGACGUGGACGUGGACGUCGACGUGGUCGUGGACGUUGACAUGGACGUGGACGAGGACGUGGACGUGGACGUGGACGUGGACGUGGACGUGGACGAGGACGUGGACAUGGACGUGGACAUGGACGUGGACGUGGACAUGGACGUGGACGUGGACGUGGACAUGGACGUGGACGUGGACGUGGACGUGGACGUGGACGUGGACAUGGACGUGGACGUGGACGUGGUCGUGGACCUGGACGUGGACGUGGACGUGGACGUGGACGUGGACGUGGACAUGGACAUGGACGUGGACGUGGACGUGGACGUGGACGUGGACGUGGACGUGGACGUGGACGUGGACGUGGACGUGGACGUGGACGUGGACGUAGACGUGGACGUGGACGUGGACGUGGACGUGGACGUGGACAGGGACGUGGACGUGGACGUGGACGUGGACGUGGACGUGGAGGACUUGGACGUGGACGUGGACGUGGACAUGGACGUGGACAUGGACGUGGACGUGGACGUGGACGUGGACGUGGACGUGGACGUGGACGUGGACAUGGUCGUGGACGUGGACUUCGACGUGGACGUGGACGUGGACGUGGACGUGGACGUGGACGUGGACGUGGACUUCGACGUGGACGUGGACGUGGACGUGGACAUGGACGUGGACGUGGACGUGGACAUGGACGUGGACGUGGUCGUGGACAUGGACGUGGACGUGGACGUGGACGUGGACGUGGACGUGGUCGUGGACGUGGACGUGGACGUGGACGUGGACGUGGACCUGGACGUGGACGUGGACGUGGACGUGGACGUGGACGUGGACAUGGACGUGGACAUGGACGUGGACGUGGACGUGGACAAGGACGUGGACAUGGACGUGGACGUGGACGUGGACGUGGACAUGGACGUGGACCUGGACGUGGACGUGGACAUGGACGUGGACGUGGACGUUGACGUGGACGUGGUCGUGGACGUGGACGUGGACGUGGACGUGGACAUGGUCGUGGACGUGGACGUGGACGUGGACAUGGACGUGGACGUGGACGUGGACAUGGACGUGGACGUGGACAUGGACGUGGACAUGGACGUGGACGUGGACGUGGACGUGGAGGUGGACAUGGACGUGGACGUGGACGUGGACGUGGACAUGGACGUGGACGUGGACGUGGACGUGGACAUGGACGUGGACAUGGACGUGGACGUGGACGUGGACAUGGACGUGGACGUGGACGUGGACGUGGACGUGGACGUGGACGUGGACGUGGACAUGGACGUGGACGUGGACGUGGAGGACGUGGACGUGGACAUGGACGUGGAGGACGUGGACGUGGACGUGGACGUGGACGUGGACGUGGACGUGGACGUGGACGUGGACUUGGACGUGGACUUGGACGUGGACUUGGACGUGGACUUGGACGUGGACGUGGACGUGGACGUGGACGUGGACGUGUACGUAGACGUGGACGUGGACGUGGACAUGGUCGUGGACGUGGACGUGGACGUGGACGUGGUCGUGGAUGUGGAUGUUGACGUGGACGUGGACGUGGUCGUGGACGUGGAGGACUUGGACGUGGUCGUGGACGUGGACGUGGUCGUGGACGUGGACGUGGUCGUAGACGUGGACAUGGUCGUCCACGACGUGGACUUGGUCGUGGACGUGGACGUGGACAUGGACGUGGUCGUGGUCGUGGACGUAGACGUGGACGUGGUCGUAGACGUGGACGUGGUCGUCCACGACGUGGACUUGGACGUGGACGUGGAUGUGGACGUGGACGUGGUCGUGGACGUGGACGUGGACAUGGACGUGGUCGUGGUCGUGGACGUAGACGUGGUCGUGGUCGUGGACGUGGACGUGGACGUGGAGGACGUGGACAUGGACGUGGAGGACGUGGACGUGGACGUGGACGUGGACGUGGACGUUGACGUGGACGUGGAUGUGGACAUGGACGUGGACGUGGAGGACGUGGACGUGGACGUGGAGGACGUGGACGUGGACGUGGAGGACGUGGACGUGGUCGACUUGGACGUGGACAUGGACGUGGACGUGGACGUGGACGUGGACCUGGUCGUGGACGUGGACGUGGACGUGGACGUGGACAUGGUCGUGGACGUGGACGUGGACGUGGACGUGGACAUGGACGUGGACGUGGACGUGGACGUGGACGUGGACGUGGACCUGGACAUGGACGUGGACGUGGACGUGGACGUGGACGUGGACGUGGACGUGGACGUGGACGUGGACGUGGACGUGGACGUGGACGUGGACGUGGACGUGGACGUGGACGUGGACGUGGACAUGGACGUGGACGUGGACGUGGAGGACUUGGACGUGGACAUGGACGUGGACGUGGACGUGGACGUGGACUUGGACGUGGACAUGGAGGUGGACAUGGACGUGGACAUGGACGUGGACAUGGACGUGGACGUGGACGUGCACGUGGACGUAGACGUGGACAUGGACAUAGACGUGGACGUGGACGUGGACGUGGACGUGGACGUGGACGUGGACGUGGACAUGGACGUGGACGUAGACGUGGACGUGGACGUGGACGUGGACGUGGACAUGGUCGUGGACGUGGACGUGGACGUGGACGUGGACGUGGACAUGGACGUGGACGUGGACGUGGACGUGGACGUGGACGUGGACGUGGACAUGGUCGUGGACGUGGACGUGGACGUGGACGUGGACAUGGACAUGGACGUGGACGUAGACGUGGACGUGGACAUGGACGUGGACGUGGACAUGGUCGUGGACGUGGACGUGGACGUGGACGUGGACAUGGACGUGGACGUGGAUGUGGAGGACUUGGACGUGGACAUGGACGUGGACGUGGACGUGGAUGUGGAGGACAUGGACUUGGACAUGGACGUGGACGUGGACGUGGACGUGGACAUGGACGUGGACGUGGACGUGGACGUGGACAUGGUCGUGGACGAGGACUUGGACGUGGACGUGGACAUGGACGUGGUCGUGGAUGUGGACAUGGUCGUGGACGUGGACGUGGACGUGGACGUGGACGUGGUCGUGGACGUGGAUGUUGGCGUGGACGUGGACGUGGACGUGGACGUGGAGGACUUGGACGUGGACAUGGACGUGGACGUGGACGUGGUCGUGGACGUGGACGUGGACGUGGACGUGGUCCUGGUCGUGGACGUGGUCGUAGACGUGGACGUGGUCGUCCACGACGUGGACUUGGACGUGGACGUGGACGUGGACGUGGACGUGGUCGUGGACGUGGACGUGGACAUGGACGUGGUCGUGGUCGUGGACGUACACGUGGACGUGGACGUGGACGUGGAGGACGUGGACGUGGACGUGGACGUGGACGUGGUCGUGGACGUGGACGUUGACGUGGACGUGGACGUGGUUGUGGACGUGGAGGACUUGGACGUGGACAUGGACGUGGACGUGGACGUGGACGUGGACCUGGUCGUGGACGUGGACGUGGACGUGGACGUGGACGUGGACGUGGACAUGGACGUGGACGUGGACGUGGACGUGGACGUGGACAUGGACGUGGACGUGGACGUGGACGUGGACAUGGACAUGGACGUGGACGUGACGUGGACGACAUGGACGUGGACAUGGUCGUGGACGUGGAUGGUCGUGGACGUGGACGUGGACGUGGACGUGGUCGUGGACGUGGACGUGGUCGUGGACGUGGACGUGCACGUGGACGUGGACGUGGACGUGGACGUGGACAUGGACGUGGACGUGGACAUGGUCGUGGACAUGGACGUGGACGUGGACAUGGACGUGGACGUGGUCGUGGACGUGGACGUGGUCGUGGACGUGGACGUGGUCGUGGACGUGGACAUGGUCGUGGACGUGGACGUGGACGUGGACGUGGACGUGGUCGUGGACGUGGAUGUUGACGUGGAUGUGGACGUGGAGGACUUGGACGUGGACAUGGACGUGGACGUGGACGUGGUCGUGGACGUGGACAUGGACGUGAACGUGGACGUGGUCCUGGUCGUGGACGUGGUCGUAGACGUGGACGUGGUCGUCCACGACGUGGACUUGGACGUGGACGUGGACGUGGACGUGGACGUGGUCGUGGACGUGGACGUGGACAUGGACGUGGUCGUGGUCGUGGACGUAGACGUGGUCGUGGACGUGGACGUGGACGUGGACGUGGACGUGGAGGACGUGGACGUGGACGUGGAGGACGUGGAUGUGGACGUGGACGUGGACGUGGUCGUGGACGUGGACGUUGACGUGGACGUGGACGUGGAAGUGGUUGUGGACGUGGAGGACUUGGACGUGGACAUGGACGUGGACAUGGACGUGGACGUGGACGUGGACGUGGACGUGGACGUGGACGUGGACGUGGACGUGGACGUGGACAUGGACGUGGACGUGGACGUGGACGUGGACAUGGACGUGGACGUGGACGUAGACGUGGACGUGGACGUGGACGUGGACGUGGACGUGGACGUGGACGUGGACAUGGACGUGGACGUGGACGUGGAGGACUUGGACGUGGACAUGGACGUGGACGUGGACGUGGACGUGGACGUGGACUUGGACGUGGACAUGGAGGUGGACAUGGACGUGGACAUGGACGUGGACAUGGACGUGGACGUGGACGUGCACGUGGACGUGGACGUGGACAUGGACAUAGACGUGGACGUGGACGUGGACGUGGACAUGGACGUGGACGUGGACGUGGACAUGGACGUGGACGUGGACAUGGACAUAGACGUGGACGUGGACGUGGACGUGGACGUGGACGUGGACAUGGUCGUGGACGUGGACGUGGACGUGGACGUGGACGUGGACGUGGACGUGGACGUGGACGUGGACAUGGUCGUGGACGUGGACGUGUACGUGGACGUGGACAUGGACGUGGACGUGGACGUAGACGUGGACGUGGACAUGGACGUGGACGUGGACAUGGUCGUGGACGUGGACGUGGACGUGGACGUGGACAUGGACGUGGACGUGGAUGUGGAGGACUUGGACGUGGACAUGGACGUGGACGUGGACGUGGAUGUGGAGGACAUGGACUUGGACAUGGACGUGGACGUGGACGUGGACGUGGACAUGGACGUGGACGUGGACGUGGACGUGGACAUGGUCGUGGACGAGGACUUGGACGUGGACGUGGACAUGGACGUGGUCGUGGAUGUGGACAUGGUCGUGGACGUGGACGUGGACGUGGACGUGGUCGUGGACGUGGAUGUUGGCGUGGACGUGGACGUGGACGUGAACGUGGAGGACUUGGACGUGGACAUGGACGUGGACGUGGACGUGGUCGUGGACGUGGACGUGGACGUGGACGUGGUCCUGGUCGUGGACGUGGUCGUAGACGUGGACGUGGUCGUCCACGACGUGGACUUGGACGUGGACGUGGACGUGGACGUGGACGUGGACGUGGUCGUGGACGUGGACGUGGACAUGGACGUGGUCGUGGUCGUGGACGUACACGUGGACGUGGACGUGGACGUGGAGGACGUGGACGUGGACGUGGACGUGGACGUGGUCGUGGACGUGGACGUUGACGUGGACGUGGACGUGGUUGUGGACGUGGAGGACUUGGACGUGGACAUGGACGUGGACGUGGACGUGGACCUGGUCGUGGACGUGGACGUGGACGUGGACGUGGACGUGGACGUGGACGUGGACAUGGACGUGGACGUGGACGUGGACGUGGACGUGGACGUGGACGUGGACGUGGACGUGGACGUGGACGUGGACAUGGACAUGGACGUGGACGUGACGUGGACGUGGACGUGGACAUGGACAUGGACGUGGACAUGGACGUGGACGUGGACGUGGUCGUGGACGUGGAUGGUCGUGGACGUGGACGUGGACGUGGACGUGGUCGUGGACGUGGACGUGGUCGUGGACGUGGACGUGGACGUGGACGUGGACGUGGACGUGGACAUGGACGUGGACGUGGACAUGGUCGUGGACAUGGACGUGGACGUGGACAUGGACGUGGACGUGGUCGUGGACGUGGACGUGGUCGUGGACGUGGACGUGGUCGUGGACGUGGACAUGGUCGUGGACGUGGACGUGGACGUGGACGUGGACGUGGUCGUGGACGUGGAUGUUGACGUGGACGUGGACGUGGAGGACUUGGACGUGGACAUGGACGUGGACGUGGACGUGGUCGUGGACGUGGACAUGGACGUGGACGUGGACGUGGUCCUGGUCGUGGACGUGGUCGUAGACGUUGACGUGGUCGUCCACGACGUGGACUUGGACGUGGACGUGGACGUGGACGUGGACGUGGUCGUGGACGUGGACGUGGACAUGGACGUGGUCGUGGUCGUGGACGUAGACGUGGUCGUGGACGUGGACGUGGACGUGGACGUGGAGGACGUGGACGUGGACGUGGAGGACGUGGAUGUGGACGUGGACGUGGACGUGGUCGUGGACGUGGACGUUGACGUGGACGUGGACGUGGAAGUGGUUGUGGACGUGGAGGACUUGGACGUGGACAUGGACGUGGACAUGGACGUGGACGUGGACCUGGUCGUGGACGUGGACGUGGACGUGGACGUGGACAUGGUUGCGGACGUGGACUUGGACGUGGACGUGGACAUGGACGUGGACGUGGACGUGGACGUGGACGUGGACUUGGACAUGGACAUGGACGUAGACGUGGACGUGGACGUGGACGUGGACGUGGACAUGGUCGUGGACGUGGACGUGGACGUGGACGUGGACGUAGACGUGGACGUGGACGUGGACGUGCACGUGGACGUGGACGUGGACGUGGACAUGGACGUGGACGUGGACGUGGACGUGGACGUGGACCUGGACAUGGACGUGGACGUGGACGUGGACGUGGACGUGGACUUGGACGUGGACGUGGAGGACUUGGACGUGGACAUGGACGUGGACGUGGAGGUGGACGUGGAGGUGGACGUGGACGUGGACAUGGACGUGGACAUGGACGUGGACAUGGACGUGGACAUGGAGGUGGACAUGGACGUGGACGUGGACGUGGACAUGGACGUGGACAUGGACGUGGACAUGGUCGUGGACAUGGACGUGGACGUGGACGUGGACGUGGACAUGGACGUGGACGUGGACGUGGACGUGGACGUGGACAUGGACGUGGACGUGGACGUGGACGUGGACGUGGACAUGGACGUGGACGUGGACGUGGACGUGGACGUGGACGUGGACGUGGAGGUGGACGUGGACGUGGAGAUGGUCGUGGACGUGGACGUGGACGUGGACGUGGACGUGGACGUGGACGUGGACGUGGACGUGGAGGACAUGGACGUGGACGUGGACGUGGACGUGGACGUGGACAUGGACGUGGACGUGGACGUGGACGUGGACAUGGACAUGGUCGUGGACGUGGACGUGGACGUGGACUUGGACGUGGACAUGGACGUGGACGUGGACGUGGACGUGGAUGUGGACGUGGACGUGGACAUGGACGUGGACGUGGACGUGGACAUGGUCAUGGACGUGGACGUGGACGUGGACAUGGACGUGGACGUGGACGAGGACGUGGACGUGGACGUGGACAUGGACGUGGACGUGGACGUGGACGUGGACGUGGACGUGGACGUGGACGUGGACGUUGACGAGGACGUGGACGUGGACGUGGACGUGGACGUGGACAUGGACGUGGACGUGGACGUGGACGUGGACGAGGACGUGGACGCGGACGUGGACGUGGACGUGGACAUGGACUUGGACGUGGACAUGGACGUGGACGUGGACGUGGACGUGGACGUGGACUUGGACAUGCACGUGGACGUGGACGUGGACUUGGACAUGGACGACUUGGACGUGGACAUGGACGUGGACGUGGACGUGGUCGUGGACGUGGACGUGGACGUGGUCCUGGUCGUGGACGUGGUCGUAGACGUGGACGUGGUCGUCCACGACAUGGACUUGGACGUGGACGUGGACGUGGACGUGGACGUGGUCGUGGACGUGGACGUGGACAUGGACGUGGUCGUGGACGUAGACGUGGUCGUGGACGUGGACGUGGACGUGGAGGACGUGGACGUGGACGUGGAGGACGUGGACGUGGACGUGGACGUGGUCGUGGACGUGGACGUUGAUGUGGACGUGGACGUGGACGUGGUUGUGGACGUGGAGGACUUGGACGUGGACAUGGACGUGGACGUGGACGUGGACGUGGACGUGGACCUGGUAAUGGAUGUGGACGUGGACGUGGACGUGGACAUGGUCGUGGACGUGGAAAUGGACGUGGACGUGGACAUGGACGUGGACGUGGACGUGGACGUGGACGUGGACGUGGACAUGGACAUGGACGUGGACGUGGACGUGGACGUGGACGUGGACGUGGUCGUGGACGUGGACGUGGACGUGGACGUUGACGUGGACGUGGACGUGGAGGACAUGGACGUGGGCGUGGACGUGGACGUGGACAUGGACGUGGACGUGGACGUGGACGUGGACAUGGACAUGGUCGUGGACGUGGACGUGGACGUGGACUUGGACGUGGACAUGGACGUGGACGUGGACGUGGACCUGGACGUGGACGUGGACGUGGACAUGGACGUGGACGUGGACGUGGACAUGGUCAUGGACGUGGACGUGGACGUGGACGUCGACAUGGACGUGGACGAGGACGUGGACGUGGACGUGGACAUGAACGUGGACGUGGACGUGGACGUGGACGUGGACGUGGACGUGGCCAUGGACGUGGACGUGGACGUGGACGUGGACAUGGACGUGGACGUUGACGAGGACGUGGACGUGGACGUGGACGUGGACAUGGACGUGGACAUGGACGUGGACGUGGACAUGGACGUGGACGUGGACGAGGACGUGGACGUGGACGUGGACGUGGACGUGGACGUGGACAUGGACUUGGACGUGGACAUGGACGUGGACGUGGACGUGGACAUGGACGUGGACAUGGACGUGGACGUGGACGUGGACAUGGACUUGGACAUGCACGUGGACAUGGACGUGGACGUGGACAUGGACGUGGACAUGGACGUGGACGUGGACGUGGACGUGGAUGUGGACGUGGACGUGGACGUGGACGUGGAUGUGGACGUGGUCGUGGACGUGGACGUGGACGUGGACGUGGUCGUGGACGUGGAUGUUGACGUGGACGUGGACGUGGUCGUGGACGUGGAGGACUUGGACGUGGACAUGGACGUGGACGUGGACGUGGUCGUGGACGUGGACGUGGACGUGGACGUGGUCCUGGUCGUGGACGUGGUCGUAGACGUGGACGUGGUCGUCCACGACAUGGACUUGGACGUGGACGUGGACGUGGACGUGGACGUGGUCGUGGACGUGGACGUGGACAUGGACGUGGUCGUGGACGUAGACGUGGUCGUGGACGUGGACGUGGACGUGGAGGACGUGGACGUGGACGUGGAGGACGUGGACGUGGACGUGGACGUGGACGUGGUCGUGGACGUGGACGUUGAUGUGGACGUGGACGUGGACGUGGUUGUGGACGUGGAGGACUUGGACGUGGACAUGGACGUGGACGUGGACGUGGACGUGGACCUGGUCAUGGAUGUGGACGUAGACGUGGACGUGGACAUGGUCGUGGACGUGGAAAUGGACGUGGACGUGGACAUGGACGUGGACGUGGACGUGGACGUGGACGUGGACGUGGACGUGGACAUGGACAUGGACGUGGACGUGGACGUGGACGUGGACGUGGACGUGGUCGUGGACGUGGACGUGGACGUGGACGUGGACGUGGACGUGGACGUGGAGGACAUGGACGUGGACGUGGACGUGGACGUGGACAUGGACGUGGACGUGGACGUGGACGUGGACGUGGACAUGGUCGUGGACGAGGACUUGGACGUGGACGUGGACAUGGACGUGGUCGUGGAUGUGGACAUGGUCGUGGACGUGGACGUGGACGUGGACGUGGACGUGGUCGUGGACGUGGAUGUUGGCGUGGACGUGGACGUGGACGUGGACGUGGAGGACUUGGACGUGGACAUGGACGUGGACGUGGACGUGGUCGUGGACGUGGACGUGGACGUGGACGUGGUCCUGGUCGUGGACGUGGUCGUAGACGUGGACGUGGUCGUCCACGACGUGGACUUGGACGUGGACGUGGACGUGGACGUGGACGUGGUCGUGGACGUGGACGUGGACAUGGACGUGGUCGUGGUCGUGGACGUACACGUGGACGUGGACGUGGACGUGGAGGACGUGGACGUGGACGUGGACGUGGACGUGGUCGUGGACGUGGACGUUGACGUGGACGUGGACGUGGUUGUGGACGUGGAGGACUUGGACGUGGACAUUGACGUGGACGUGGACGUGGACGUGGACCUGGUCGUGGACGUGGACGUGGACGUGGACGUGGACGUGGACGUGGACAUGGACGUGGACGUGGACGUGGACGUGGACGUGGACGUGGACGUGGACGUGGACGUGGACGUGGACAUGGACAUGGACGUGGACGUGACGUGGACGACAUGGACGUGGACAUGGUCGUGGACGUGGAUGGUCGUGGACGUGGACGUGGACGUGGACGUGGUCGUGGACGUGGACGUGGUCGUGGACGUGGACGUGGACGUGGACGUGGACGUGGACGUGGACAUGGACGUGGACGUGGACAUGGUCGUGGACAUGGACGUGGACGUGGACAUGGACGUGGACGUGGUCGUGGACGUGGACGUGGACGUGGACGUGGACGUGGACAUGGACAUGGACAUGGACGUGGACGUGGACGUGGACGUGGACGUGGAUGUGGACGUGGACGUGGACGUGGACGUGGACGUGGAUGUGGACGUGGUCGUGGACGUGGACGUGGACGUGGACAUGGACGUGGACGUGGACGUGGAGGACUUGGACGUGGACAGGGACGUGGACGUGGACGUGGACGUGGACGUGGACGAGGACGUGGACGUGGACGUGGUCGUGGCCGUGGACGUGGUCGUGGACGUGGACGUGGUCGUGGACGUGGACGUGGUCGUGGACGUGGACGUGGUCGUGGACGUGGACAUGGUCGUGGACGUGGACGUGGACGUGGACGUGGACGUGGUCGUGGACGUGGAUGUUGACGUGGACGUGGACGUGGAGGACUUGGACGUGGACAUGGACGUGGACGUGGACGUGGUCGUGGACGUGGACAUGGACGUGAACGUGGACGUGGUCCUGGUCGUGGACGUGGUCGUAGACGUGGACGUGGUCGUCCACGACGUGGACUUGGACGUGGACGUGGACGUGGACGUGGACGUGGUCGUGGACGUGGACGUGGACAUGGACGUGGUCGUGGUCGUGGACGUAGACGUGGUCGUGGACGUGGACGUGGACGUGGACGUGGACGUGGAGGACGUGGACGUGGACGUGGAGGACGUGGAUGUGGACGUGGACGUGGACGUGGUCGUGGACGUGGACGUUGACGUGGACGUGGACGUGGAAGUGGUUGUGGACGUGGAGGACUUGGACGUGGACAUGGACGUGGACAUGGACGUGGACGUGGACGUGGACGUGGACGUGGACGUGGACGUGGACGUGGACGUGGACGUGGACAUGGACGUGGACGUGGACGUGGACGUGGACAUGGACGUGGACGUGGACGUAGACGUGGACGUGGACGUGGACGUGGACGUGGACGUGGACGUGGACGUGGACAUGGACGUGGACGUGGACGUGGAGGACUUGGACGUGGACAUGGACGUGGACGUGGACGUGGACGUGGACGUGGACUUGGACGUGGACAUGGAGGUGGACAUGGACGUGGACAUGGACGUGGACAUGGACGUGGACGUGGACGUGCACGUGGACGUGGACGUGGACAUGGACAUAGACGUGGACGUGGACGUGGACGUGGACGUGGACGUGGACAUGGACGUGGACGUGGACAUGGACAUAGACGUGGACGUGGACGUGGACGUGGACGUGGACGUGGACGUGGACAUGGUCGUGGACGUGGACGUGGACGUGGACGUGGACGUGGACGUGGACGUGGACGUGGACGUGGACAUGGUCGUGGACGUGGACGUGUACGUGGACGUGGACAUGGACGUGGACGUGGACGUAGACGUGGACGUGGACAUGGACGUGGACGUGGACAUGGUCGUGGACGUGGACGUGGACGUGGACAUGGACGUGGACGUGGAUGUGGAGGACUUGGACGUGGACAUGGACGUGGACGUGGACGUGGAUGUGGAGGACAUGGACUUGGACAUGGACGUGGACGUGGACGUGGACGUGGACAUGGACGUGGACGUGGACGUGGACGUGGACAUGGUCGUGGACGAGGACUUGGACGUGGACGUGGACAUGGACGUGGUCGUGGAUGUGGACAUGGUCGUGGACGUGGACGUGGACGUGGACGUGGUCGUGGACGUGGAUGUUGGCGUGGACGUGGACGUGGACGUGGACGUGGAGGACUUGGACGUGGACAUGGACGUGGACGUGGACGUGGUCGUGGACGUGGACGUGGACGUGGACGUGGUCCUGGUCGUGGACGUGGUCGUAGACGUGGACGUGGUCGUCCACGACGUGGACUUGGACGUGGACGUGGACGUGGACGUGGACGUGGACGUGGUCGUGGACGUGGACGUGGACAUGGACGUGGUCGUGGUCGUGGACGUACACGUGGACGUGGACGUGGACGUGGAGGACGUGGACGUGGACGUGGACGUGGACGUGGUCGUGGACGUGGACGUUGACGUGGACGUGGACGUGGUUGUGGACGUGGAGGACUUGGACGUGGACAUGGACGUGGACGUGGACGUGGACGUGGACCUGGUCGUGGACGUGGACGUGGACGUGGACGUGGACGUGGACGUGGACGUGGACAUGGACGUGGACGUGGACGUGGACGUGGACGUGGACGUGGACGUGGACGUGGACGUGGACGUGGACGUGGACAUGGACAUGGACGUGGACGUGACGUGGACGUGGACGUGGACAUGGACAUGGACGUGGACAUGGACGUGGACGUGGACGUGGUCGUGGACGUGGAUGGUCGUGGACGUGGACGUGGACGUGGACGUGGUCGUGGACGUGGACGUGGUCGUGGACGUGGACGUGGACGUGGACGUGGACGUGGACGUGGACAUGAACGUGGACGUGGACAUGGUCGUGGACAUGGACGUGGACGUGGACAUGGACGUGGACGUGGUCGUGGACGUGGACGUGGUCGUGGACGUGGACGUGGUCGUGGACGUGGACAUGGUCGUGGACGUGGACGUGGACGUGGACGUGGACGUGGUCGUGGACGUGGAUGUUGACGUGGACGUGGACGUGGAGGACUUGGACGUGGACAUGGACGUGGACGUGGACGUGGUCGUGGACGUGGACAUGGACGUGGACGUGGACGUGGUCCUGGUCGUGGACGUGGUCGUAGACGUUGACGUGGUCGUCCACGACGUGGACUUGGACGUGGAUGUGGACGUGGUCGUGGACGUGGACGUGGACAUGGACGUGGUCGUGGUCGUGGACGUAGACGUGGUCGUGGACGUGGACGUGGACGUGGACGUGGAGGACGUGGACGUGGACGUGGAGGACGUGGAUGUGGACGUGGACGUGGACGUGGUCGUGGACGUGGACGUUGACGUGGACGUGGACGUGGAAGUGGUUGUGGACGUGGAGGACUUGGACGUGGACAUGGACGUGGACAUGGACGUGGACGUGGACCUGGUCGUGGACGUGGACGUGGACGUGGACGUGGACAUGGUUGCGGACGUGGACUUGGACGUGGACGUGGACAUGGACGUGGACGUGGACGUGGACGUGGACGUGGACUUGGACAUGGACAUGGACGUAGACGUGGACGUGGACGUGGACGUGGACGUGGACAUGGUCGUGGACGUGGACGUGGACGUGGACGUGGACGUAGACGUGGACGUGGACGUGGACGUGCACGUGGACGUGGACGUGGACGUGGACAUGGACGUGGACGUGGACGUGGACGUGGACGUGGACCUGGACAUGGACGUGGACGUGGACGUGGACGUGGACGUGGACGUGGACUUGGACGUGGACGUGGAGGACUUGGACGUGGACAUGGACGUGGACGUGGUGGUGGACGUGGAGGUGGACGUGGACGUGGACAUGGACGUGGACAUGGACGUGGACAUGGACGUGGACAUGGAGGUGGACAUGGACGUGGACGUGGACGUGGACAUGGACGUGGACAUGGACGUGGACAUGGUCGUGGACAUGGACGUGGACGUGGACGUGGACGUGGACAUGGACGUGGACGUGGACGUGGACGUGGACAUGGACGUGGACGUGGACGUGGACGUGGACGUGGACAUGGACGUGGACGUGGACGUGGACGUGGACGUGGACGUGGACGUGGAGGUGGACGUGGACGUGGAGAUGGUCGUGGACGUGGACGUGGACGUGGACGUGGACGUGGACGUGGACGUGGACGUGGACGUGGACGUGGAGGACAUGGACGUGGACGUGGACGUGGACGUGGACGUGGACAUGGACGUGGACGUGGACGUGGACGUGGACAUGGACAUGGUCGUGGACGUGGACGUGGACGUGGACUUGGACGUGGACAUGGACGUGGACGUGGACGUGGACGUGGAUGUGGACGUGGACGUGGACAUGGACGUGGACGUGGACGUGGACAUGGUCAUGGACGUGGACGUGGACGUGGACAUGGACGUGGACGUGGACGAGGACGUGGACGUGGACGUGGACAUGGACGUGGACGUGGACGUGGACGUGGACGUGGACGUGGACGUGGACGUGGACGUGGACGUUGACGAGGACGUGGACGUGGACGUGGACGUGGACGUGGACAUGGACGUGGACGUGGACGUGGACGUGGACGAGGACGUGGACGCGGACGUGGACGUGGACGUGGACAUGGACUUGGACGUGGACAUGGACGUGGACGUGGACGUGGACGUGGACGUGGACUUGGACAUGCACGUGGACGUGGACGUGGACUUGGACAUGGACGACUUGGACGUGGACAUGGACGUGGACGUGGACGUGGUCGUGGACGUGGACGUGGACGUGGUCCUGGUCGUGGACGUGGUCGUAGACGUGGACGUGGUCGUCCACGACAUGGACUUGGACGUGGACGUGGACGUGGACGUGGACGUGGUCGUGGACGUGGACGUGGACAUGGACGUGGUCGUGGACGUAGACGUGGUCGUGGACGUGGACGUGGACGUGGAGGACGUGGACGUGGACGUGGAGGACGUGGACGUGGACGUGGACGUGGACGUGGUUGUGGACGUGGACGUUGAUGUGGACGUGGACGUGGACGUGGUUGUGGACGUGGAGGACUUGGACGUGGACAUGGACGUGGACGUGGACGUGGACGUGGACCUGGUAAUGGAUGUGGACGUGGACGUGGACGUGGACAUGGUCGUGGACGUGGAAAUGGACGUGGACGUGGACAUGGACGUGGACGUGGACGUGGACGUGGACGUGGACGUGGACAUGGACAUGGACGUGGACGUGGACGUGGACGUGGACGUGGACGUGGUCGUGGACGUGGACGUGGACGUGGACGUUGACGUGGACGUGGACGUGGAGGACAUGGACGUGGGCGUGGACGUGGACGUGGACAUGGACGUGGACGUGGACGUGGACGUGGACAUGGACAUGGUCGUGGACGUGGACGUGGACGUGGACUUGGACGUGGACAUGGACGUGGACGUGGACGUGGACCUGGACGUGGACGUGGACGUGGACAUGGACGUGGACGUGGACGUGGACAUGGUCAUGGACGUGGACGUGGACGUGGACGUGGACAUGGACGUGGACGAGGACGUGGACGUGGACGUGGACAUGAACGUGGACGUGGACGUGGACGUGGACGUGGACGUGGACGUGGCCAUGGACGUGGACGUGGACGUGGACGUGGACAUGGACGUGGACGUUGACGAGGACGUGGACGUGGACGUGGACGUGGACAUGGACGUGGACAUGGACGUGGACGUGGACAUGGACGUGGACGUGGACGAGGACGUGGACGUGGACGUGGACGUGGACGUGGACGUGGACAUGGACUUGGACGUGGACAUGGACGUGGACGUGGACGUGGACAUGGACGUGGACAUGGACGUGGACGUGGACGUGGACAUGGACUUGGACAUGCACGUGGACAUGGACGUGGACGUGGACAUGGACGUGGACAUGGACGUGGACGUGGACGUGGACGUGGAUGUGGACGUGGACGUGGACGUGGACGUGGGCGUGGAUGUGGACGUGGUCGUGGACGUGGACGUGGACGUGGACGUGGUCGUGGACGUGGAUGUUGACGUGGACGUGGACGUGGUCGUGGACGUGGAGGACUUGGACGUGGACAUGGACGUGGACGUGGACGUGGUCGUGGACGUGGACGUGGACGUGGACGUGGACGUGGUCGUGGACGUGGUCGUAGACGUGGACGUGGUCGUCCACGACAUGGACUUGGACGUGGACGUGGACGUGGACGUGGACGUGGUCGUGGACGUGGACGUGGACAUGGACGUGGUCGUGGACGUAGACGUGGUCGUGGACGUGGACGUGGACGUGGAGGACGUGGACGUGGACGUGGAGGACGUGGACGUGGACGUGGACGUGGACGUGGUCGUGGACGUGGACGUUGAUGUGGACGUGGACGUGGACGUGGUUGUGGACGUGGAGGACUUGGACGUGGACAUGGACGUGGACGUGGACGUGGACGUGGACCUGGUCAUGGAUGUGGACGUAGACGUGGACGUGGACAUGGUCGUGGACGUGGAAAUGGACGUGGACGUGGACAUGGACGUGGACGUGGACGUGGACGUGGACGUGGACGUGGACGUGGACAUGGACAUGGACGUGGACGUGGACGUGGACGUGGACGUGGACGUGGUCGUGGACGUGGACGUGGACGUGGACGUGGACGUGGACGUGGACGUGCAGGACAUGGACGUGGACGUGGACGUGGACGUGGACAUGGACGUGGACGUGGACGUGGACGUGGACAUGGACAUGGUCGUGGACGUGGACGUGGACGUGGACUUGGACGUGGACAUGGACGUGGACGUGGACGUGGACCUGGACGUGGACGUGGACGUGGACAUGGACGUGGACGUGGACGUGGACAUGGUCAUGGACGUGGACGUGGACGUGGACGUGGACAUGGACGUGGACGAGGACGUGGACGUGGACGUGGACAUGAACGUGGACGUGGACGUGGACGUGGACGUGGACGUGGACGUGGCCAUGGACGUGGACGUGGACGUGGACGUGGACGUGGACGUGGACGUGGACGUUGACGAGGACGUGGACGUGGACGUGGACGUGGACAUGGACGUGGACGUGGACGUGGACGUGGACAUGGACGUGGACGUGGACGAGGACGUGGACGUGGACGUGGACGUGGACGUGGACCUGGACAUGGACUUGGACGUGGACAUGGACAUGGACGUGGACGUGGACAUGGACGUGGACAUGGACGUGGACGUGGACGUGGACAUGGACUUGGACAUGCACGUGGACAUGGACGUGGACGUGGACAUGGACGUGGACAUGGACGUGGACGUGGACGUGGACGUGGAUGUGGACGUGGACGUGGACGUGGACGUGGACGUGGACGUGGACGUGGUCGUGGACGUGGACGUGGACGUGGACGUGGUCGUGGACGUGGAUGUUGACGUGGACGUGGACGUGGACGUGGUCGUGGACGUGGAGGACUUGGACGUGGACAUGGACGUGGACGUGGACGUGGUCGUGGACGUGGACGUGGACGUGGACGUGGUCCUGGUCUCUUCCACUCCACGUCCACGUCCAUGUCCACGUCCACGUCCACGUCCACGUCAACUCCACGUCCACGACCACGUCCACGUCCACGUCCCCGUCCACGACCACGUCCACUCCACGUCCACGACCAUGUCCACGUCCCACGUCCACGUCCACGUCCACGGUCCAUGUCCACGUCCACGUCCACGUCCACGUCCACGACCAUGUCCACGUCCAUGA